GGGAGGCAUGUUCAGUUUCACAGAUCUAAAUAACUUGAAUUCCAUCUAAUACUAAAACAGUUAAGAUCCUGAUUUGUUUUGGCAAGAGGUUGAAUAUGGUACUUGUAUGUACCCUAUGCUAUGCUUUGAGGGCAUGAGUAAUAGGGACUUUCACAAGAGGUGGGAUGAAAUGGGAUGAUACAGGCAUUGUGUGUGUGUGUGUGUGUGUGUGUUAUUUUUGUUUCAUUGACACCAUAGCUAUGCAGUGAUCAACAGCACCCCACACUCUCUCAGUGUAUCCUGUAACAGCAGAUAAGGUGACCUUCUGGGCUGUGCCUCUGAUUCAGAAAUUUGGCAUCACACCUAAGAGCGUAACCUUUUGGCAGAGGGGGCCACAAAACAUGAUCAGAGGCAACAUGACAGUUGUUUCCCAAUUUAAGUCCUGGUAGCAAAUGAAGAGGGCAGUAAAAAAAGCACAGGAGGAAGGAAACUUCCAGAAGAUUAGUUAUUCCACUCUCCCUCCAAGAGAACCAAUAUAGACCCACAAAGCAACAAGAAUCACUAUGAUCAGUCUAUGCUGACAGCUGGGAGUCUGAUGUUUUUUAUGGCAUUUGCCUGACCAAAGAUCUUUGGAGGACUUUUCAGGUCAUUGUUAAAAAUUACGACCAAAACAGGGAUGGCCGAUUAGAUUACGAAGAGUUUUUGGGCUAUAUCAUGGACAAGGAAAGGAAAUGGAAAAUUCAUUUUCAUGCACUUGACAAAAAUCAAUGUGGGGCUAUUGACCAAGAGGAUAUUAUUGAUCUAUUCAAGGAGUUAGGUGUGGUAAUAUCAAAGCAAAAUGCAAAGAAAAUCAUUCAAAUGAUGGAUGAAGACCGUUCAAUGACUGUUGACUGGGGAGAAUUCCUACAUCACAUUAUAAUUAAUCCAGCAGAAAAUAUUAAAGAUCUGGUGUCAUCCUGGAGACACAGCCUGGUGUUUGAUGUUGGUGAAAGUCACUCCAUGCCCAUAGAGAUGACUCAGGAUGAUGCAGACCUCUCUGUUUGGGGAAACUUUGUAUUAGCCGCGGGCCUGGCAGAUGCUGUGUCUAGAACAGUAACUGCUCCAAUUGAUCGUCUUAAAACAUUGCUUCAGGUCCAUGGAUCAAAAGCUGCCCCUCUUGGAUUUAGAGAACUACAGGCUGGAGGCCUGAGGUCUAUGUGGCAAGGGAACAUGGUGAAUGUCCUGAAAGGAACACCACAGUCAACCCUACAGUGUCUCAUCUAUGCUCAGAUGAAAGUCCAGAUGGGCCAGAGGGAAACCCUGUCUAUUCAGCAGCGAUUUGGAAUGGGUUGUGUUUCAGGAGCUAGUGCCCAUGCUGUGUUUUAUCCUCUAGAGGUUCUGAAAGUGCGGCUGAACCUUCAACAAGCAGUAUCCUAUUGUGGAGUAUUAAGAUGUGCAAGAGCCAUUUACCAGAACGAGUCUGCUGCAGCCUUCUACAGAGGUUUUAAGCCGAGCAUUCUUUGCAUGAUACCCUAUGCUGGCGUAGAGUGUGCAGUCCACCAGUCCAUCAUGAGUUGGGUGAAAAGGGACCCUGCUUACAACAGUGAAGCAAAGUGGUUCUUCUUCAGCUUUGUGGCAUUCGCCUCUGGACAAGCCACCAGCUAUCCAUUAGCAGUGAUUCGUACUCAGCAGCAAGCCCAAGCUUUCAGCUCCCUUUCACCGCAGGCUUCAAAUAUGGGCCUAGUUCAAGGAUUUCUUGGGAUUUAUGAAAGACAGGGGCUACGAGGCUUCUACAGUGGAAUGGGAACCAGUUUUGUAAGAGCUGUCCCAUGUGCCUUACUAAACUACACAUUGACAGCAAAACUUGAAACACUGUGUUCUCAGUAAACAAUCCCAUUGAUGUAACAGCAUAAAAUGUAACAGUGAGGACUGUAAACGGUACAUGUAUGUAGUGGUACAUAAUAUGACCACCAUGGUGUUGCCAUAUAAUGCUUCUCAAUUUCUGUCCACCCCCUGCAACUCAUGCUUGUGAAUUGCAAGUUUUACAUACUCUCCCCUUGGUAGCGCAAUGAUUGUUGAAACUACAGUAACAUUGCUUAUGUAUACAUGUAAAUUUCACAAAGUCAUAUGUCAUAUUUUCUACAAGGUCCCAAACUUGUGUGCACUACCUCACUAAGAAAAGGUUGCAACAACAAAGUAUUUUGUUGGUGACAGCCAAAUAGCCUACAUAGAAUGUGUUGUGGAAUUCUGCCAUUAUGUGCCAGUUAUAUUAUGCACUGCUAAGUGUGCCAGUGUGUGUGAGUGAGUGUCUGUGUGCCUGGGUGUAUGGGUCUACAGACUUGUGUGAAAUGCUUCACUAAGACAAAUCUGCAACUACUGUCAACGUAUCACAAAAUAUUUAACACGGAGCACUUCCUGAACUCAAAAGCUGUAUAUUUGAAGUUCUCUUUUAAUUGGAAACAUUGAUUAUCCAAAACAAAAAGACUCCAAGGCACUCUCUUUUUUAAAACUGUUAAAAAGUCUUUUCAUGGUUUGCUCAUUUACAACCUUUUUUAAAAUUCUGAAACGUUUCAGCAUCAAACCUUUAUCAGGGAGUCAAACAGUUCAAUCCACCAAAUGUCAAUCCACCAAUCGUAACCUUCCACCGGGGAAAACCUGGGGCUUUUCACAAAGUCAAGGAUUUGUGCUUGGUAGAAUGAGUCCUGCCGAGUCGAAUCCGUCACAGACGAGGUCAGGCUUCUUCCUAGCAUAUGGAAAACACACAAUGGAACAGACUAGCGAGUGUGCAGGAAGCUGCAGGUGCAUUAUUAAAAACCAUGAGUGCGCACAGGAUUGUGGGUGUUCCAAGCACACAAAGGAUACACGCAUGCAUCCUCGAAAAUCUCAGAACGAAGGACUCAACCUGAUAGAAUUGUAAAGCACCCUUGACAUUGGAACAGUGCUUGGCGAGAUUUGAUGACGUAACAUCCUUGAAAGAGCGGCUUUGAAGGACCCAUCCUUGACUUUGAGAAAAGCCCCUGGUGUUCUGGCCUAGAGUGUGUGCAUACACAUAUCCAGCAGAUGGCAUCAUUUCAAUUGUUGCGGACUUGCCGUAGUAAAGCAGUGGAUUCUCUCUCUCUCUCUCUAUCUCUCUCUCUCUGUCUCUCUCUCACUCACACACACAGGCACACACAUGCCAUUUUGUUAUUUUGUUUUACAAUUUGCUGUUAAUACUGCGUAUAAACAAUUGCAUUGUCAAACAGUAAUUAUGACCGCCGCUAUAUAGCAGGGAUUGUGAAAGUUUUUGUUUUUUCCCCUGUCAUCUACUUGCUGAAUUUUUUGUCAACGAUCCCUGGGACACCGAAACACCGGGGCACAUGAAACUUGGUGAGCAUAGCCCCACUAGCUUUUUAUGAAUUUUUUUUUUAUUUUGGUCCUGGCGCUGGGCCAUUUUUUAUGGUAUGUUGGUCUCAAGGGCCCGCAUCAACUUAGGUUCACUUACGAGACUUUGUGCACAUCCCAGGUGCUGAACAAAUAGGUCAAGUUUUUAAUGAAAAAAGUUCGCACA